AUGGCUGAUGAACAAGCUAAUCUUGAAAAUGCUAAUCUCGAAAAUUCUAGAGUUGAAAAUCCUAGAGCUGAAAAUGAAAAUUUAGCCCCAAUGACUCUAAGGGAUCACUUCGUACCCUCAACAUAUAUAUCUCCAUCAUGUAUUGUCAUGCCCAAUGUCGAGGCUCAUCAUUAUGAGAUCAAAUCUACCAUAAUCCGAAUGCUUCCAAUUUAUCAUGGGUUUGAUAAUGAAGACCCUUAUAAACAUCUUGAUGAGUUAUUGGAAAUCUGCUCCACCAUCAAGAUGAGGGACUUCCCCCAAGAUGCACUUCGUAUACUUCUCUUCCCAUUUUCCCUAAAAGAAAGAGCAAAUUCUCGUAGAGCUUCUACUUCUAAUGUUGGGAAACCCUCAAAUUCGUGCCAACUACGGACUCUAAGGGAAGAAGCCUCUCAAGUGGAUGCCAUAACCCACAAAGUUUUUGAGCUUGUGGCACCAUAUCUCUCAUCUUCUCAGAAUUCUCCAUCCAGUGCUAUGUGUGCACAUUGCACAAGCACUUUUCAUAAUGCAGAAGAUUGCGCCAUACCGAAGCAAUUUUCUGGAGGUAUGCCAGAACAAGCCAAUGCCAUGUUCUUUCGCCCUGGAAAUAAUCCUUAUUCCAAUACUUACAAUAUAGGUUAG